GCGUGCGUGUCUGCGGUGGGGGUGAGAGGGUUAUUUGAGAGAACACGCAGGGAGGGGCUGUGUUUUUAGUAAUCACAGGUGGUGCUUGGGGCCUUCUGUUCGCUCCCAGGGCUCACGCUGUUGACAGCCGCGCUUCCAGUGGCCUUUACAGCGCCUUUUUAUUGGGCAUUGUAGGAGGAUUCCGAGCGGAGCGUGCAAGCGCUACUGCAGGCCAAUUCAAAAGCCAUAAGUCUCCAGCCCCUCUCUCUCUCUCUCUCUCUCUCUCUCUCUUUGUGAGGUCACUGAAGGAUAUACGCUGUGAUAAUGGCUGCCCGGAGGGCGGGUUUGCUGAUGGCGAUGAUUAUGACCGCGCGCGGUGUGGAAUAAUGCGGGCCUAAUGCCGCGGAUUAAUGGCUCCCGCCACCUCUCGGCUGCCGCCGCGUGCCGACCUUCCCGGUCGAGCGACAAGACUCCCUCCCCACCCUCCCCCCGGUCAAGCAGGAAAUACGUGUUUUUCCAGACCCUCGGGCCUCGAGUAUUUCCCUUUUCUUACUGCAGAACAUUCUCUCCCGCGGUCAGCUGUCAGAGUGCUGAGCUGCGGGUGCUGUCACGGCGCCCCGCGCCUCUGGCUGGGGUAUUCAGGGCUGUGAGGAAUGAGCCUUUCCGGGUUUUAUCGGGGGGGAAAAGCACACCCCUCGCGUUGUGUUGUGUUGUGGGGAGGGAGAUGGGCGUGGGGCAUGUGUUUUUUUUGUUUUGUUUUUUUUUUGGAGGCCCCGGGCAGGCCCGGACGACUCUCCUGCCCCUCCUUUGUCUGGACACCGGGAAGAGGAGGGGGGGGGAAAGAAGGGAGGAGGGCGGAGUCGGGCCUGCCGGGGGCGGAGCCUUCGGCCGAGUAACUUGAGCUGGGCCGGGCCGGGCCCCGCUGGGGAAAGAGAGAGAGAGAGAGGGAGGGGGCGAGAGUGAGAGAGCGAGAGAGAGAGAGAGAGAGAGGGAGAGAGGUGCUUGCUUGUUUGCUCGCUCUCCAGCUCCACUCUGCUCAGCAGCUCAGGCGAGGAGAGCAGCACUAAUGAGAGAGAGAGAGCCAGAGGAGCGGUUGGGAAGGGGAACGGGACCGUACGCUACACCUGGCACCCCCCGCACAGCCAGCCUAUCACUGACCUGAACCGUGCGGUCGCCGGACCGGACCGGACCGUGACCGUGACCGGGCUCCGCUCGCGGGACCCGUGGGGCUGUUCGGCGGGAGGGACGUCGGCCGCGCUCUCCGCGAGGCGGGAGAGGCCAGGCGGGGGCUCCGGCGAUCUUCGCCUCCCCCCCUCCCCUCCCCUCCUCUUCUCUGGACCUCCUCCCCCGCCUCCUGCCAGGCUGUGGGAACCGGAGACCGAGUGGAACAUUCCUGGAUUACAGCGGACUGUGUUUUGGUAGCUGUUCUGCGCUCCUCCCUCGCUAACCCCCCCCCCCCCCCUUCCUUUCGCCCCUUCGCGCUCGCCGUUAGUUUGGUGUUUUUUUGUUCCUCGGUCUGUACUUUUUAAAGAGGGCUCUGGAUCCGCGAACGGGCCGGUGACUAAGUGAAUACCGAGGCUGUGGAACCGGAGGGUUCACCUUUUUUUCUGCGCGCGAGGGUUUUGGCUGCUACAGACCGGGGCUAGCGUGUCACUGCUCUGUCCCACCUGGGGGGGGCCCUCUCUCCGUGGGGGGGGCAGAGGCCGGCUCCGUGGGCCCCGGGUGGGGGGGAGCCGGCGGGGGGAGGGGAGGGGGGGGGCGCGGUUGGUUUCCAUGGAGAAGCGCGAGGAUGAGCGCGGCCUCCCCUCAUGACGGCGAGGGCUCGGCUGCCGCCCGCGUGCUCCUGGAAGCGGCUGCUGCAGGCCUUCACCUGCAUCGCGGCUCGAACCGCCGCCAAGAGUAAAGAGGGCCCUGUGUUUCCAGAGAAGAAGAAAGCCUUCAGUGGAAAUCUUAUGGACGAAGAAAUGAGUCGCCAGACCGCUGCAGCGCUCCCCACCGGAACCUCCAAGUGCGCCCCGUCCCAGCGCGUGCCGGCGCUCUCGGGCACCACGGCGUCCAACAGCGACCUGGCCAGCCUGUUCGAGUGCCCCGUCUGCUUCGACUAUGUGCUGCCGCCCAUCCUGCAGUGCCAGAGCGGCCACCUGGUCUGCAGCAACUGCCGGCCCAAGCUGACCUGCUGCCCCACCUGCCGCGGGCCGCUGGGCUCCAUCCGCAACCUGGCCAUGGAGAAGGUGGCCAACUCGGUGCUCUUCCCCUGCAAGUACGCCUCGUCGGGCUGCGAGGUGACGCUGCCGCACACGGAGAAGGCCGAGCACGAGGAGCUGUGCGAGUUCCGGCCCUACUCCUGCCCCUGCCCCGGGGCGUCCUGCAAGUGGCAGGGCUCGCUGGACGCCGUCAUGCCCCACCUGAUGCACCAGCACAAGUCCAUCACCACGCUGCAGGGCGAGGACAUCGUCUUCCUGGCCACGGACAUCAACCUGCCGGGCGCGGUGGACUGGGUGAUGAUGCAGUCCUGCUUCGGCUUCCACUUCAUGCUGGUGCUGGAGAAGCAGGAGAAGUACGACGGGCACCAGCAGUUCUUCGCCAUCGUGCAGCUCAUCGGCACGCGCAAGCAGGCCGAGAACUUCGCCUACCGCCUGGAGCUCAACGGCCACCGGCGGCGGCUCACCUGGGAGGCCACGCCGCGCUCCAUCCACGAGGGCAUCGCCACGGCCAUCAUGAACAGCGACUGCCUGGUGUUCGACACGUCCAUCGCCCAGCUCUUCGCCGAGAACGGCAACCUGGGCAUCAACGUCACCAUCUCCAUGUGCUGAGGGCGGGGCGGGAGGGCGGAGUUUGACUCGACUGACGGACAGACGGACGUGCGCCUACCGUACACACACACAGACACACACACGCACGCACGCGCGCUAAGGGGAUUACCUCGGGCUCUCAUCCGUUAAAAAAAAGUUGAAGAUCUCACCCAAGGAACUUUGUGUUUGUCCAGCGUAUCAAGCCGUUCGCCAGCUUCCUAGCGCAGAUUCUCUGCGCAAACCAGAUGGUCAGCUCCUGUCGCAGCCUACCAUCCUCUCAGUAUCCUUGUGCCAGGAGGCUCUUGUCGGUAACGGUCUGUAGUACAGUGUUUAUAAAUAUGCGUGGAGGCAUGCUCAGCGACACAACCGUCAUUGCACGAGGCAGAUGAUCGGACCGCAAUCUUUCCACGUUUCGGAGCGCGGGAGCUCGGACUACGGUUAGCCUUUUGAAUCUGCCCAGUUGCUCGCUUGGUACAUCCAGCAAACAGUUUCCUUGAGUUUAAUUUUCAAUAAAUUAAUUUCAACCUUCAGCUUGAAUAUAUAGCUGUGUGAAAUUAUUAUAGUACGGUUAAGCAUUUAUUGUUUAAUAUAAUUUUUUUUCCUGAGGAGACCGGAAGAUGCCCUCACGCACACGCAGAAUAGACACUUUGCGUGUGUGCGCAAGCGAGGAGGGGGGGGGGUUCCAGUUAAUUUUAUUAUUAUAGUAAUAUUAUUAUAAUAUUAGAAUAAAAUUGUUUUAGCUGGGAGGUGCUGGAGGAAUGACUGUAAACUGAGGGGGAGGGGAGGGGGAGGGGGGGGGUGGGGUUUCCUCAAAAAGAAAAAAAAGUUGCAUUUCAAAGUGAAACACUAACUUUUAUGAAAGUUCCGUUUAUUGUUUAUCGUUUUAUUUUUUUUUUCGAUUUAUUAUGGGUUGUUCUCUCGUGUCCCCGCCCCCCUGUGAGGUCCUGCAACUUGAAUUGAUUGGCGGCCGAGAUGAAGGGUCCUCUGGAGUCCCGACAAUUUCUGCUUAAACCACUCGAGACCUGCCCGAGAAUGGGGGCCAUUUACAUUGUAAUAUUAUUAUUACGAUUAUUAUUAUUAUUAUUAUUAUUCAAAUUGUAAUGAUUAUCUUUUUUUUUUUUUUUUUUUGUAAUGCAUUUUAAGAAAAAGGAAAAGUUGAAGCUGUUGUAAAGUUGUGGCUAAUCUUCAGUGUUUGUAGACUGUAACGUUCUUCACGCUGUCGUUCUGUGACCUUGGUUUUUUUUGUUUUGUUUUUGUUUUUUUCCCCCUACUUUCCAGUGUUUUUGUUUUUUCUCUCUCUCUCUUCUCCUCGUUUCGUCAGUUGGGUCUGCGUGAGCCGGGAGGAGGGCGGAGGGGCCAAGCACCUCCUAUGACUGGGUGCCGCUGGCCCCAGCCUCUCUCCCGCUCUCGCCCUCUCUGUACGGCUAGUCUCGUCGUUUUAGUUUUUGUUUCUUGUUCCUUUGUUUUUGUUUUAUUUUUUUGCCAUUAAAUAAAUCUAUCUUUUUCAUA